AAGCUCUAUACCCAAUGUGAGGCUUGAACUUAUGAUCCCAAGAUCAAGAGUUGCAUGGUCUACUGGCUGAGCUAACCAUGUGCCCCCCCCCAAAUUUUUAAGUUAUAUAUUCCGACAUAGUGUAUAUUCUAAAAUUUAAUAUUAUGAUUGCAUUUAAAUUUGUUACCACCCUGUAACAUUGAUGCUUCCUGAGAUGCAUUCUGUGUAUCCUGGAGUUUUAUGUAUUCCCUGACCUACACCUCACACCCUUGGGGCUUCUUAUACCUUGAUUUGAGGAGCACAGGACCCAGAGGACCUCUAGGUCUCUUGCAGCUCUGAUGUGGUAUAAUAUUUGGAAUAAACUAGAGUUUAUUCUCUAGUUUUAGGAAAUUAUACAUUUAUAACAGGAAAAAAUAUGAUUGGCCAAUGUGCAUGACUUAAUUUCUUUUCCUGAAAUUGGAGGUUGCAAUUCUAUUGUAUGUAAAAGCUGGUUUCAUCAGAAACUGCAUGCAAUUUAAGAAAUGGAUUGCAAACUUAGAAAAAACCCUUUGCAGAUGUUAUCUUUGUUGCUCCCAAUCUUUCUUUGCUGCAAUUCUGCUUUUUUCUUUCCUGGCUGCUAAUUGGAUUAAAGGCUAUUUUGCCAACCAUGGCAUCUGGAGAUGACAGUCCUAUCUUUGAAGAUGACGAAAGGUAAAUGUCUUGCAUGGCAGUAAAACUAGCUUUUGAAAUUUUCAAGAUUGUUUUAAUCACUCAAGAGUUAUUUAUCCAGGCUACUUUUGUUAAGCACACAUUUUGUAAAGUUGCAGAAUGCUUGGUUUUGCUUUUCUGUGAUUUAGAGCAAGGGUAGUAAACACUUGUCAUGUAGGUGGCUGCCACCAACAUGGCACGUCUUUUCCCGUAGGGCCUGAUAUAAGGUCUCCAAACCCAUCUUAGCACAGAGUUCCUGGCAAUCACUUCAAAAUGACAAAAAAUCCAUUUACCAUUUCUGAUUUAGAGCACACAAAAGACAUUAGAGUGAAUAAGGAGUAAGAUGUAGUUAAAAGAACAGGCUCAAAUAUAUUCUAUGUAUGUCUUAUAUAACAUGUCAUUCACACAGAACUCAUAUAGGAUGAAUGUUAUAUAUUUUAUACUAACAUAUUAAUAUCAAACAUAUGUAUUUAAUUUGUGCCAGAAACUUAUGACAAAACAGAAUCCUUUAUUUUUUAAAUAAGAUUACUAUAGUAAGGACAAGAAUUACCAUUUUCCAUUUUUUUCUCUCUUAUUAUAGGACGUUUCUUCUAUGACUUUUAUUUUUCUUAGUAUAAUGAAUUAGAACCCUUUUUGUUAAAAUGAAUCCUAAUUGGUUUAAGUAUGAAAUGUUUGGAGAGUUUUUGUUUUGGAGUGAAUGGAUCUGAGGAAGAAAAACCAGAAUUAAAUACUGUGCUUUCUAAAUGGGGGUGCAGGGGAGAAGUAGAGACUUUUUACUGACCUUUCCAAGCAUUAUUCUGUAGCCAAGCUUAGAAUACUAUCCUGGAUAAACUGAUCGGCUCUUAAUCCUAUUAAUAUUAAGGUGACUUUGUUUGGAAUUAUCCGACUACAUACCCAUAUAUAGUAGUUUCAUCUUAAAGGGAGAGUGCACAAGAGGGAGAAGAUAGUUAUAUGUACUCCCUCCUUAUAGCCUGGAAAAAAUGACGGAUCUCGUAGCCGUUUGGGAUGUUGCUUUAAGUGACGGAGUCCAUAAGAUUGAAUUUGAACAUGGGACCACAUCAGGCAAACGAGUGGUAUAUGUAGAUGGGAAGGAAGAGAUAAGAAAAGAAUGGAUGUUCAAAUUAGUGGGCAAAGAAACCUUCUGCGUUGGAGCUGCAAAGACAAAAGCAACGAUAAAUAUAGAUGCUAUCAGUGGAUUUGCAUAUGAAUAUACUCUGGAAAUUAAUGGGAAGAGUCUCAAGAAGUAUAUGGAGAACAGGUCAAAAACCACCAAUACUUGGGUAUUACAUUUGGAUGGUGAGGACUUUAGAGUCGUUUUGGAAAAAGACACUAUGGACGUAUGGUGUAAUGGUAAAAGAAUGGAGACAGCAGGUGAGUUUGUAGAUGACGGGACUGAAACUCACUUCAGUGUUGGGAACCAUGACUGUUACAUAAAGGCUGUCAGUAGUGGGAAGCGGAAAGAAGGGAUUAUCCAUAGUCUCAUUGUGGAUGAUAGAGAAAUUCCGGAGAUUCUUGAAUGACUUCAUGAUGGUGCAUUUUAAUCUUAAGAAGUAAAGAUCAAGACUUUUAAAUUACUGUGGUAAUUAAAUAUGUUCAAGAUGUACUUUUUAGUACACUUAGUCUCCCAACUGUUUAGUUUUAGUUACUUAAAACGGUAAUAUUCCAAGGGUCAAAAAAAAAUUAUGUACAAUCAUAAAAAUUGCAAUUUAUUUUGUAAAUAAUGUAAAGUGUUUUAAAGCCAAAUGGACCAAAGAUAUGGACCAAAAUCACUAAUGUUUUACAAGAGGAACUUUAACUAUAAUAAACACUAUAAAAUAAAAUGGGUGCUGCUUGAUUUGUGUUUCUAAAAAUGGAUGUCUUUGUAUAUUUUUAACCUAUGCAGAUAGUCUCUUUAGUUUAAAGCAGUUGGUACAUAAUGACAUGAUUAGUUUAAC